AUGGCCGCAUCACCAGAACCUCGGUCUCACUCGAGAGCAAGCUUUUACUCGACGACAACAUACCACUCCUUCCAGGACAUUGAGUUGUACGAUCCAAAUCACCCGCCGGAAACCAAAGCUUCCUCAACCGCAAAAAGCCCACGAGAGGGUCCCGACAGUCGCCCUGCGUCGUUCCAGAUGGUCCGCCAGGACUCUGGUUAUGAGUCUAGUACCCCUCCUCCACCACACAGCUCACAUUCGGCCAAAAGACGACGGCGCAGCGCCAAGCAGACCUCACCCUCACCGCCGAGAAUGGACCGGAGCCAAAGACGGCCGGCCCUCAAACGCUCCGGCGCAGGCGGCCCGCUCUCAUACGUGCCGGGCCGGUCCAGCCUGACCUUGUCUCGCCCGACAUCGCUCAGCCAGCAGCAACAACAGAAUCUCAAUCGCAAGCAUUCAUAUUUCCAAUUCCCAUCGCCAGAACACCUAGACAGCCAGGAGCCGUCAUCAUCAUCAUCAGCCCGCCCAAAGUCGUCAUCGGAGCAUGACCCCUACCACCAUGCCGACCCGCCUACCUCCCCCCUAUCCCUUCACGUCCCUCCGCAGACGACCCAUUACUGGACAUCAGACCGCACCCGCCGUCUCGAGUAUGCCGCCAUCGACGCUGCCAGCAGAGGUGUGCGCGGGUGGGUCAUGCGCAACAUGGUUCCGGAGUGUUUCGUGCCCAAAGCUAAUCGCCGAGUCGGCUUCGAUGACGACGGCGGCAGCGUACGACGGUACCGCCUGGACCUCGAGAUCGAAUGCCCGGAGGACUCGGUGCCACCCAGCCCCGUGGCUGGUGGGCGAAACUGAAGGGUGGCAAGUGAAAAGGGUAAACGACUUUUCAGCAUUUCCAAGGAGCAUCAUUUUGCAUAUCACUAAAGCCUUUUGUUUUCUUUUCCUUUUCCUUUUGAGCAUUUCUCAUUUAUAAUCAUGACAAGAGAAAGAGACGGACGGACAGACAGACUGCAUACAGCCAUCAGCAUAUUCGCAUUUUCAGAACGGCGUUAUAUACCCAACAUGUUCUUUCAGCAUAGGAAUGGACAGCCUUGGAGAGAAAGUACCACACAGCACACAGACUUGGGGUCUUUGGGGGAGGCAGACCAGUACGAGCAUUCACAUUCUGGAAGCAGAAGCUGGAAGCAGAAGCCUAGAGUCUUUCCAAGACACACAUGCAGGUUCCAUAGAUUGGCCUAGCUUGUCAGAGAUACCAUUGCAAAUUGGGAGACUUUGUGAUUGUGAACACAGCUAAGACUAUGAAUCGUUUCACUUUCGCCACAGGC